AUCGUUCUCACGGAAGAUCGACACUUAAACUACGAUUUCCUCUAUCACACAAUUACUUCAGACUCCAUGGACUUAGUAAAGUCAUUGCUUCAUCGGACAGCACGAUGACCAUACAUCAAACAGAGAGGAAUUGCGGCACUUGUUCUCGCUGUGGGACCGUCAUACGACGAGAUGAUCGACGUACUCCACGAGGCUGGUUUCAGUCCUUUCUCCAACCUCUACGAAAAGCCUACCCUACUUGGAGAGAGACACUUUAAAAGCGCUUUUAUGGUCGCCUUACAUGCUGUUAAGACCAGAUAUCUUGAAAAGCUUAUAAAGUUUCCUGAUCACGGCCGCAACAUAGGAGACCGCCAUGAGCGACUACGUCAACUGACUGCCGGAAACCUCUUUGCUCGUUGUUCUGAGAACUUCGACCUCAGCAACAUGUUCCUAGGCUCCGGGAGGGAUCCAGACGAUAUCAAACCAGCCAUGAGAUACGACUAUAUACAACAGUACCUUUAUGAUAUGCUGGAAGUAGCUGUGAAGUGUGACGACUGUGAUCAGGUAGCGCGUCUUGUCAAGAUAGGCGCCACUGCAAACAUUCUACACGAAUACACAUUUGGUACAUGGCGCACGAAGACACCCCUUCUGUGGGCGGUGAAAAGAGAGGGCGUCUUCAUGGUGCGCCAACUGAUAGCGGUUGGAGCAGACGUCAAUGCUUCUUCAGGGUACGAUCAUGCAACCGCGCUGCAAGUUGCAGUCGCCUUGAAAGAUCUUGAAUUCGCUAGCUUGCUGAUCGGAGCCGGGGCUAAUGUAAAUUUUUCUCUAGAAGCUCACGGCAAGACCGCUAUUGAGAUCGCUACUGAAGUAGGCAUUGUUGAGAUGGUCCCUUACUUCCUAGAAUCAGGAGCUGAUGUUCGGGGACGGUGA